AUGAAUGAAAGCAUUGACAUGUUUGAUCUUCUUGGAGGAGGCAGCAUGAUCCUCAAGCAGUACACGCAGGGAAAGUUGCCUGAUAUUGGCCACGAUGCGAUUUGGUCGGUGAGCUCUUGUAAACGCGAGUUUCCGAUAAGUAAUCUCCGCGACAACAAUGUUGAUACUUACUGGCAGUCUGAUGGGAAUCAGCCGCAUACGAUCACUUGUCAGUUUCGCUCCCGCCAACAAGUCGUCGGAAUCCUUCUCUACGCAGAUAGCAAGAGCGACGAGUCCUACACACCGUCGCACAUCACCAUCAAAGCCGGCAGCGACUUCAACGACCUGGUCAACGUAGUGACUGACUUCAAAACAAACGAGCCAAAGGGGUGGAUACCCAUAAACAUCAAGAACAGCUUUGGCAAUCCGCUGCGCACAUGGAUGUUGCAAAUCGUUAUAACCCAAAACCAUCAAUCAGGACGGGACUCGCACCUCAGAAUGAUCGCUGUCUUGGGCCCAAGUGAGACUGAAGACUCCAAAAUGAAUGAAAAAGAAUGGAGGAUCCCUCUUGUCUCUGGUGAGACGAAAAUCAGGCUGGAACACAGCUUUACUUCUGGAAGACGAACAGUUUUUCUCGAAGACAAGAUUGUCUUCGAAGACAAAUGGCGGAUGGCAUUCACUGGAGUGGACCAAUUCAAGCUUGGGAAAAAUCAUUCAGCAAAGAUGAUUAUCAGUACAAAUAAAUUAAAAGCUGGCUUCUUCGAAUCGCUGUUUGGCGGCUCCAAUUCUUCAGACUUAGAAUACAAGCUUCUGAUCGAUGGAAUGUCCGAAAAAGAUUUUAUACGAAAGCAAGAAAAGAUCUUGCGAGCGUGGGAGCCGUUUCACAAGAAGCAGAAAGUCUUCUUGGACACGACGAAGCUUGAAGUUUGGUUCAAAGGGCAUGAAGUUGAAUCAACACAGAACUUUAUCGAGGAUGGAACAGAAAUGACCUUCUGUAUUGAUGGCAAAGCAUUCUCAGUUAGAAAUCUUUCAUCUGGAUCAAAGCACGAGGGUCUUGUUUACGAAAUGUACAUGGAUGGUGAGCCAAUUCCGCAAGUCGCUAUUCUGUAG